AUGGCUCCAGACAUGGGCGCCUACUGUCCCUCGAUCGUCCUCGCGAUUCAAAGCCUUGUCGAGCGGAUGUCUGAGGAAUGGACCGCUGCCCUGCGCGGGUCGGGCAAUUCCAACUCUCGGACCGGCUUCCUAGCCUACUCGAUCGACGACUCUGUCGACUUGGAAACGGCCAAUCCCACUGUCAAACCUGACGUCCGCCUACCGAGUAGUUGGUUCAUCUUCCAGACUGACCUGUACGCUCGUGGCGCUCAUGGCUCGCACGGCGACGAGGUCACGUACGAUUUCCUCUGGCGUCACGAGCGCACGUCUGGCCUGACGGAGCCUUGGGACCAAAGCUGUUCCAUGCACCUCGAUGCAGCCAUGGUCUCUCGUUUACCGAUUGGGUCCAGGUAUCGACGCUGGGCGGCAAUGUGGCUGUUGUGUCUCGGUGCUGCAGACAUCUGUUUUGGCCCUGCAGCCGCAAAAGCUUUGGACCCCAAGAAGCUCAUCACAGCCGCGUGCGCCGUUAUAUCUGCGGGGUCGGAGCUGUGUCUGGUCAACUUUCAACUCGACGAUCCGCCGACCGUGUCAGCAUCCUGGGAAAGAGGCAAGUUGAUCUCGGGAGUUAUUUCUCUCUUUAUUCUGACCGGACCCUUCAUGUCCGACUUCCCCAUCCAUUGGAUGGAUCUCCUCAACCUCCGGUGCCUGGUUGCGUCGGUCGCUUGUGGAAUUGGACACCACGAGGCCGUCCUUCAGGGCAUCCGGAUGGGGCUCGAACAGCCCGAUUUAGAGAGGGGCAAGCAGGGCGAUUGCGACAAUGACGACCCGACGCUGUCUGAACAGGCCGCCCCUGUGGAUGGGGCUCGGCCACCGGCUGGCUGA